UCUCCAUACUUUUUGAAGUCUGUACAAUGGCUGCACCAUCUCUUCCUCCGAAGAAGCUGGAAUUACCACCAAAACCAGUUCAAGAACUAAUCAAAACAGAAAGAAAACAAGUUCCUGAAAGAUAUAUUCAACAGCAUUUGAAAAAUCCAGUUGAUCAGCCUGAGAUUAAUUAUAUGGACAGUUCCAUCAUUGAUUUCAGUCUGCUCUCAAAUUCAUCACCAAGGCAACGCGAAGAAUUGCAAAAACUUCGUAAUAAUCUGAGUUCCUGGGGUUGUUUCCAGCUUAUAAAUCAUGGUUGCUCAUCCUCAUUACUUCAUCGACUACGUGAAGUUCAUAAAGAAUUCUUUGCUCUACCUCUAGAGAUGAAAAAGAAGUAUUCAAGAACAUUAGAUUGGAUUGAAGGGUAUGGAAGUGAUACAGUUACUGAAGAUCAGAGUUAUAACUGGAAUGAUAGACUGCAACUAAAAGUUUAUCCUGUUGAGCAGAAGAAUUUCAAAUUCUGGCCCGAGGAAGAUGUACAAAAUUUUAGGGAAACAUUAAACGAAUAUGCGAAGAAUAUGAGGCGAGUAUUAGAAAUUAUCCUAAAAGCCAUAGCAAAAUCAUUAAGUUUAGAAGAAACUACCUUUUACAGAGAAUGUGAAGGAGAACAGGGCAUUUAUAUGCUUGCAAGAUUCAACUAUUAUCCUCCAUGUUCAUCACCGGAUCUUGUUUUCGGCCUUAAACCACAUUCUGAUGUUUCAGCCAUUACCAUUCUUUUGCAAGACAAUGAGGUUGAAGGCCUUCAAGUGCAGAAAGAUGACCAGUGGUUUAAAGUUCCCAUUAUUCCUGAUGCCCUUUUCAUCAAUAUUGGCGACCAGCUGGAGAUAAUGAGCAAUGGUAUACUGAAGAGUGCAAUGCAUAAGGUAGUGAUAGAUAAGGACAGAGAAAGGAUGUCAAUGGCAGUCGCUUGUUCUCCACACCCUGAGAAAGAGAUAGGGCCACUAGGCGAGCUGAUUGACCAGGAAAGACCGCAAUCAUACAAGAAUGUCAAGAAUUAUGUUCGGGUGUACCUCCAAUAUUCUCCAACAGCAGAACGAGCCAUAAAUGCUAUGAAAAUUAAAUAGCAGAAAUGAAUUUUAAAUCAUUCUGGGUGUCUCUAUACAAUGUUCUAUUCACAUCUGAAUCUCUUUGAAAUCUAUAUUAACAGAUUUAAUACAGUAUUGUUAUUGUACUGAACAACACAAGUCAAUUCUGAAGCUAUAAUUAGUACUUCUUUAAGAUACCGGUUACUGCAAUAUCAUGUUAUUAUGUAUUGUGUUCUUGUCUAGAUUCUCUGCUUUCAAAUAAUAUGUAUGGACAAUCAGAAUAAUGAUCACAUUAUGCUUUCAAGUAA